AUGGAGUCAGCUUCUCAGGGCAGUGGACAGCAGCAAGGUAGACAGCAGCAACAGCAGCAACAGCCGGUAUAUGAUAUCAGAAAUGGCGGACACUACGGUGCCAGUGCAGCGCUCUCCGCACAAGGCUAUGCGCCAGUUGCCGAACUGUAUACUGGAACCUGGGCUAAUGUCAACCAAGGUCUCCAAGGCACCGCCCGGGACAUCUUAACAACCUACUGGCAGCAUGUCAUCAAUCACCUGGAGACAGACAACCAUGAUUACAAGAUUCACCAGCUUCCACUCGCCCGAAUCAAGAAGGUGAUGAAAGCGGACCCCGAAGUCAAAAUGAUUUCCGCCGAGGCACCCAUUCUGUUCGCCAAGGGCUGCGAUAUUUUCAUCACCGAGUUGACGAUGCGCGCGUGGAUCCACGCAGAAGAUAAUAAACGCCGGACUCUCCAACGAUCUGACAUCGCUGCCGCGCUUUCCAAGUCUGAUAUGUUCGACUUUUUGAUUGACAUUGUCCCUCGAGAAGAAGCGACCUCCCACGCGAAACGAUCAAGCCAGGCGGGAGCGGCACCGGGUCCUUCGGCAGCUCCGGGUCAGAUGCCACCCGGUCAACACGGCGUUCAAGCGCAUCUGGGUCCUGCAGACUAUGCUUCCCUUGGCCAACACGGUAUUCCUCAGGACCAGGAGUACCGCCCGCAGGCCGCCAUGUAUCCCGGGGCCGUGCAGUCGGAUCCUACCGCAGCCUAUGGCCAGCCUCAGUCCCAGAUGUUUGAAGGGAUGUAUGCUUACCCCCAUCUGCCCCCUCAGCAGUGA